CGUCAUCGCCGAGGAGGAGAGGGGUUCUGCAUCACCUGAGAUGGAGAGAAAUCGGUUAAAUCCUCAAGCGCUCCUCCAGCCAGCUCAUUCCCUCACUGCCCCGGUGACAGCUCGUGAAACAAGUGGUUAAGUGGCGGAGGACGCGAGUUUGAUUCCACAACCCUAAAUCCUAACGUCUCCGGUCAGCUGUGACAUCACCAUCGCAAUCAGAGGUGCAUCAUGGGAGGUGUAGUCCUGGACGAGGGGCCUGCGGGGGUGAAGGCUCCAGACGGAGGCUGGGGCUGGGCUGUGCUGACAGGCUGCUUCGUCAUCACAGGCUUCUCAUACGCCUUCCCCAAGGCCGUAAGCGUCUUCUUCAAGGAGUUGAUCCAUGAGUUUGACGUGGGCUACAGCGACACCGCCUGGAUAUCCUCUAUACUGCUAGCCAUGCUCUACGGGACAGGCCCUUUGUGCAGUGUGCUGGUCAACAGGUUCGGCUGCCGGCCGGUGAUGAUGGUCGGAGGGCUGUUCGCCUCCCUGGGGAUGGUCCUGGCCUCCUUCGCCACCAGUAUCAUACACUUGUACAUUUGCAUCGGAGUCAUUACAGGACUGGGUCUAGCCCUGAACUUCCAGCCCUCUCUGAUCAUGCUCAACCGCUACUUCAGCGAGAAGCGUCCGCUGGCCAACGGGCUGGCGGCGGCCGGCAGCCCCGUGGCCCUGUGCUGCCUGUCCCCGCUGGGCCAGUACCUCCAGUUCCAGUACGGCUGGAGGGGCGGCUUCAUGAUCCUGGGGGGGAUCCUCCUCAACUGCUGCGCCUGUGGGGCCCUCAUGAGGCCCCUGCUGCCCCCCAAGGCGCCCAAAGACGCGGAGGGCGAGGUGAAGGAGAUCCAGGAGGAGAACCCGCAGCCGGCCAAGAAGAAGAAGCUGCUGGACUUCAGCGUGUUCCGGGACCGCGGCUUCCUCAUCUACACGGUGGCCGCCUCCGUCAUGGUGCUGGGGCUGUUCGUGCCGCCCGUGUUCGUGGUGAGCUACGCCAAGGAGCUGGGCAACGCCGACACCAAGUCGGCCCUGCUCCUCACCACCCUGGGCUUCGUGGACAUGUUCGCCCGGCCCCUGUGCGGCGUGAUCGCGGGGCUCAAGUGGGUGCGGCCCCGGUGCGUCUACCUGUUCAGCUUCGCCAUGAUCUUCAACGGCGUCACCGAUAUCGUCGGGUCGCAGGCCACUGACUACCCAGGGCUGGUGGUGUUCUGCAUCUUCUUCGGCAUCUCCUACGGCAUGGUGGGAGCGCUGCAGUUCGAGGUGCUCAUGGCCAUCGUGGGAACGGAGAAGUUCUCCAGCGCCAUCGGCCUGGUGCUGCUGAUGGAGGCCAUCGCCGUGCUAGUGGGGCCCCCCGGCGCAGGGCGUCUGUUGGACGCCACCAAGAACUACAUGUACGUGUUCCUGCUGGCCGGGUGCGAGGUGGUGGUGGCCGCCUUCAUCAUCGCCCUGGGGAACUUCUUCUGCCUCAAGAAGAAGCAGGACCAGGAGCCAGAGUCCCGGCUCGAGAUGGCCAUGAGCGCCUGCGAAAAGGAGGGGCUUAACCACGAGGAGACGGGCUCAGAGGAGGGCCCCGAGACACAGAACGAAGACGAGGACAAGACGGCCGGGCCGCAGGAGAAGACGGUGAAUGGCUUGGCGGGGGAGAUCGAAGGAGAGGUGAAGCCAGAGAACGGUGUAUGAAGUGAAGGACACAAAGGAGAACGAGGGGAGGAGUCGCCCUGGUGAAGAGGACAUUUGAGUUGAGAAUGCCAAGCGCCAGGGUGGGUGAAACACGGUGUGUUGUGUUCUAUGUUAAGAGGUGUCGCACUGUAACAAACACAAAAACACGAGUUGCUGACUCAACUCACAUCUGCACAGUUUGGGCACAUUUCCUUGCUCACUCAGUGUUCGCCUUUUUCCAUUUCUGACGGUUUUUUCUCAAUCUGUAACGCAGCCUUUCCAAUACUGUUUUGGUGUCAACUUUUAUUUUGGAGGCGUGUUUCUGAGGUUCGUUCUGCAGAACCUCACCUGUUAUGUUCUCACGUUCAGAUAGCACUUGGGAAUAAGGCUGGGCAUUACAGUUAACAACCAAAGUGUUUUAUAAUCAAUAGUGGGUUCUGUCCGAGCCUGUGGUUAGUUGGCAAUUAGCUUACCACAGGGGAACUACAUACUGUAGUACUAUUAUUUUGCCAGUAUGCUACGAAAUUGGUAUUUUGCAGUGGUGUUGUUACUGUUUUACUUGUGUCCAAUUGUGUCUUAUAAGGCAUGUGUGCUGAUCAAACUUAAAUUAUUUUCAUAACAUAAUUCACGUAUUCUUGGCAAUGAAGUUCCUCUAAAUUAUUGCACUUGUUCUGAUGGUGCUGUUGGCGUAACGUGAAGUGUGUGCGUGUAUGGUUGUGUGUUUUGUCAUCGUUUGACAUUUGCAAGGAACUUUCAUGUUGUCUGUUAUGACAUUGAGAACACACACACACAAGUGUAUUUUACUGUUCGAAGUCAAGUACACAAUACACAGCUGUGAUGAAGUAUUGAUUAACUACCCAUGAAGGCAUUGUGUGAAAGUGACGGCUGGUCAAUAGACGGAUGAUGCUCCUCAUUGUAGACAGUGAACACGAUAAUGAAUGGCUAUAAUCCUUGAGUUCAAGACCAUUGUAAGGAGCAUAAGGGCCCUUUUGUUCAUAUUGAACUGCACCCUAUUCAAUGACCCAUCAGUGAUUGCUUUAUGGGGGUUACCCACUGUUACAAAACAGGUCCUCUCUACCAGAUGUGCUUUAAAUGCACGGUGCAAAGAACGCCAGCUUCGACUGCCAUUACAGAUUACAGUUCAUGAUUCCUCACAAAAAAAAAUAACUGAACAGAAUAAAACAAUAUUUAUACACAUUCCGAUUCUACGAGUACAGCAGGUGUGGUCGAUGUUGGACAAAAAGUGCAAAAAUGGUACAAGUACUUAAUUUAUUUACAGGUUUUAAAGUACACAAAUACAGUGGCAAAUACAAAGAGAAAGUAGAUCUUAUGGAGCCGGUACCUUGGAUAAACAUAACUGUUGUAUGGCCAGCCAAACCGACCACGUGUCAAAAUGAUCCCUUAAGGGGAAGAAUGAAGAGCAGUGAGGCUCAAUUU